CUCGCCUCGGCUGCUUUUGUGGUAUAUCUUUGCAUUUGUGUCCAAUUUGCAUUAAGCUAUGAGCCGACUCGACUGAUGUUGUGAAGUUUGAAGAUGCUAUCCGCGGCUAGCUGAAAAGGAAACUCAAAACUUUUGACUUUUGUCCACUAAUAAACUAAAAAUCUUCGUUCAGGAUCAAGUAAGGAUGGAAAACAACGAUCAGAAUCAUGAUGAAAAUGCACCGCUGCUGAGUGGACGACCGGACAGGAAUCAAAUUCAGGAUGAUGAUGAGGAUGUGGAACUCUCAGGCUGUGGAGCCACAGUUUGUUGUGAUCCGAGACGGGCCCUGCAUAGAUACCUCAUUCUUAUUUUUAUUUGUUUCUUAAGUUUUGGGAGCUAUUUUUGCUAUGACAAUCCAUCCGCUCUUCAAGAUCAAAUUAAACAGGUUAUGCACAAAGACACAGCCAGUUUCAUGCUGCUUUACUCUCUGUACUCGUGGCCAAAUGUUAUUCUCUGUUUCUUUGGAGGCUUCCUCUUGGACAGAGUCUUUGGUGUCAGAGUUGGCACCCUUAUCUUUGGUGCUUUUGUCCUUAUUGGGCAAUGUAUCUUCGCUCUUGGGGCAACACUCAACAACUACACUGUCAUGCUGGUGGGAAGAUUCGUCUUCGGGUUGGGUGGAGAGAAUCUAGCUGUAGCACAGAAUACAUACUCUGUGAAUUGGUUCAAAGGAAAAGAGCUCAACAUGGUCUUUGGACUACAACUCAGCUUUUCAAGAGUGGGCAGCACUUUGAACAUGAAUAUCUUGGCACCAAUCUUCAAAGCACUUGACAAGGAUAUACCAGGAUAUAUCAGACUAGGAUAUGUACUUUGGCUUGGAGCCGGGAUGUGUGUGUUUUCUAUCUUAUGUGGUGUUUUCUUGGGAUAUUUUGACAUAAGAGCUGCAAGAAUACUCAAAAGAGGAAAUGGAGGAACCGGAGAGACAAUCAAGUUGAGCGAUAUCAAGGACUUCCCUCUCAGUUUAUGGCUUAUCUUCUUAGUCUGUGUUUUCUACUAUGUCACUGUCUUCCCUUUCAUUGGGCUUGGAAUUGUAUUCUUUGAAGACAAGUUUGACAUGUCUCCCACAAAAGCUAAUCUUGUAAACAGCUUGGUUUAUUUCAUCUCCGCUGCCGCAUCUCCCUUCUUUGGUUUUAUUGUCGAUAGAACAGGCAAAAAUAUCUUCUGGGUGGCCUUGGGCAUCAUUCUGACUCUGGUUUCCCAUGGCGCUUUAGCAUUCACCUUCAUCAAUCCGUUUGCAACUAUGACCUUGAUGGGAAUUGCUUACUCUAUCCUUGCCUGUGCUCUGUGGCCAAUUGUAGCCUUCAUCAUGCCUGAACAUCAACUUGGGACAGCAUAUGGAUUUAUGCAGUCGAUUCAGAACCUAGGUUUGGCUAUAGUAGCUGUAAUAGCAGGCAAGAUUGUUGAUUCCAAUGGUUAUCUCCUAUAUGAAGUCUUCAACCUAUCCUGUCUAUGUAUUGCCCUGAUCUGCUGUGUAUUGAUGUAUCUAGUAGAUUCAACAAGAGGAGGGGGUCUUAAUCUCUCAACGAGAGAAAGGAAGGCUCUGGCCAAGAAGGAAGAAGAAGAUUUGAAAGAGAAAUUACACCAGUCUGAACUACCUUCUACAUCUAGUACUAUUCAGCCCCAGUCAGCCUUUGCUCUAAGGAAUAGAUACCUCUCAAGGCUGGGAGCUAAGUUACCUAUGAAUUACAACCCUCAUACAAUGGCACUAUCGAGACAUGGAAUCUUGCAGUAGAGACUUCCCCUUCACAGCCAGAAGGUCCCAACUCCUUUAGGUCUAUUUCUAAUGAUGGCUUUGUGAAUAAUUAACUCUCUCUUUAUAUUGUAAAGUUGAUUUAUGUAUACAAGUAUAUCGUUCAGUUCUGCAUUGAUUACCAAUAAGAAGAUCAUAUAUAUAUAUAUUUGUAUUUUUGUAAUGAUUGUUAUAAAUCUGCCAGAUUUGAAUAUAAUGUAUUACAAGACGUCUUAUAUAUUUCUGUACUUACAAUUAUCUAUGAAGUUAUGGUCGUCAAAUGAAAAUUAUGAUUUGUGACAAUAUUUUUUCAUUAUGCAAUAUAUAGCCAUAUUUUGAGGCUAAGAUUGCAGAGGUUUUAUUUCAUUUUGUAUGUUUGUAAAAUAUCAUUUUCAGUUCAGUUGUUAAUGUACAAGACUUUUUUUUCUGGAAAAUCAUGUCGAGGAAUAACGCAAUAGGGUAAGAAUAAAGAAAAGGUGAAAAAAGAGUUCUUUAAGCAUCCUUUAUCAUCAGUCAUGUAAAACCACAUCAGAUUGUGUGUUUUUUUUUUAACUUUCAUAAUUAUGUCCAGUAUAUACAACUUGAAGUUAGGUGUAUAAUGAUAAUAAUAUGGUAUUUAUAAUGCGCUUAAGGACAUACAUGUACAGCUCUUUACAGAUUUAUUUUUACCCCAGUCAUGGGAUUCAAUCAGUCAUUCUUGCACACAAUGUAUACACAUCCUCCACUCCCUGGGGAGUAUUCCAGCCAGUUGCCCUUGAGGCGCACCCAAAACUGGACAAGCCACAAUAACUUGAACAUCCUACGGGUGCCCAUUUAACACCUGGGUGGAGAGUGACAAAGUGUGGACUAAUGCCUUGCCAAAGAACGCUAAGCCACAAUGGAAUUUGAACUCAUGACUGCUUGCAAGGCGAAAGUCAGCACCACUACACCAUGGCUCUUAUAUAUAUUCAGUAACAAAUUAAAAGUCACAUCUAAUCCCUUAUUUGUUGAUUUUGUUUGAUAACCUUCCUAUUCAUAUCCAAUCGGGUCAAACGCAGUUCAUAAGUGUGUCAUCCCCAGGUAAUAAACUGAGAUGGAUUUAGCACAAAGCUACAGUUAUAUGGGUUUAUAUUAAUACCUUACUUGGACAUUCAUGAAUUACUUAGAAACUGACUAUAAGUAAAGCAAAUGCAUUCCUUCACUUAUCAGGAUUCUUUCCCACUCAUAUAUUACACAGAUAUGUUCUAAUAAUCAUUAUUUCCAAUACUUUUAUGACUUUAACUAUUAGUUUCUUUCACUCUCUGUGAAAGUCAGUGAACUUAAAGAUGCUUCAUUAAAGGGAUGGUCCAGGCUGAAAAUAUUUAUAUCUAAAUAAAUAGAGUAAAAUUUACAGAGCAAAAUGCUGAAAAUUUGAUCAAAACCGGAUAACAAAUAACAGUUAUCGAAUUUUAAAGAUUUGCACUAUUCCGGUGAAACAGUUCUUGGCAUGUCCUUAUGAAUAUUCAUUAGGUUGGCUGAUGAUGUCAUAUCCCCACUUGUUCUUUUGUAUUUUAUUAUAUGAAAUUAGGUUUAUUCAAAAUUUUUCUACCAAGAACUAAAACAAUUGGAUUGACAACUGAUUAAGUGCAUUAGUUAUUUAUUGCCGCAACUUAUUUCAUCAAAAUGGAGACACAUCAUUUACACAUGUAUGAAAAAAUGAAAAAAUAUAUGAUUUCAUGUAAUACUAUAAGAAAAAGGAAAGUGGGGAUGUAACAUCAUCAGCCCACCUAAUGAAUAUUCAUGAUGAUGUGCAUAUAACUAUUUUCACAAAAUAUUGAUAAACUUUGAAAUUCAAUAACUUCGUUAUUUGUUAUCCGAUUUUCAUGAAAUUUUCAGCAUUUUGCUCUGUGAAUUUUACUCUAUUUAUUAAGAUAUAAAUAUUUUCAGCCCGGACCAUCCCUUUAAAGAUUUCUCAGUCUCUGCCCUUUUUCUGGGUAUCUCUGAUUCUUGUUUUUUUUUCUUCUCUCUCGUCUCUUCACCUAUCUUUUCUUUGUGUCCUUUGGUUACUUUGUUUUUCUUUUCUUUCUCCUUUUGUUUUUCUGUUUUAUCACUGCUUUUCACCUUUAUCCACUCUGCUGUACAUAUCAACUUAAUAUAUCUUUCUACUUUACUUUCCCUUUCUCUGUGUUUUAUAGUUUUUACCCUCAACACAUUUUGUAUAGAAAAAAAAUUAUUGUCUUUAAUCUUGGGUAGCCCCUGUUACCUUAAACUCCCCACUAUCUGCCCACCCCCCUCUCUCUUUCCAUUUCUUGGUAACAAAUCAGAGAUCAAUUCACAUUUAAAGGAAGCCAUGAAGUGUCAGCUAGAUGUAACUACUGCCUCUUCAAUUUACUUCUAGAUGGCCAGAAGCCAUGUUAAGAAGCCCCAAACGUGUAUAGCAUCAUUAUAUGACUCCCCAAGAGGGUAAUAUAACAAAGUAUUGCACUUAUUUAUGUUAAGGUAGAUGAUGUGAAAAAGGGAUUGAUUGCACCCAUAGAAAUGCAGGCAUCAAAGAAAAGAAUAGGAUUAUAACGGGAUAAAUUGAAGGAAGAACUAAAGAAAUUAAUCACAUUGAAGGAUGUGAAUAAAGUUGACCUAUUGUGUUGGAAAUU